GCGGGAAAGCCGGUAUGUUGAUGCAAUCUCGCGAGACUUAGCAUUAGGACUGGGAGCUCCGUUCAUGCCUCGCUAACGUGUUCUUUUAUUCCUCUUGUCUGUCGCUUUCCGGUUUGGCUUUUUCUUUAGCCUUUCGGUGCUGAUUAUUUUUGCGAUGUCUCGCUACUUACGUCCUCCAAACACCUCGCUGUUCGUCAGAAACAUAGCGGAUGAUAUUAGAUCUGAAGAUCUGCGUCGAGAGUUUGGUCGUUAUGGUCCUAUCGUUGAUGUUUAUGUUCCACUUGAUUAUUACACACGUCGUCCCAGAGGUUUUGCUUAUGUUCAGUUUGAAGAUGUCCGUGAUGCAGAGGAUGCUUUACAUAACUUGGAUAAGAAAUGGAUAUGUGGCCGACAGAUCGAAAUUCAGUUUGCACAAGGAGACAGAAAAACUCCAAAUCAAAUGAAAGCAAAAGAAGGGAGAAGCACCUAUGGCUCCUCACGCUAUGAUGAUGAUCGACACAACAGAAGGUCCAGAAGCCGCAGUUAUGAAAGGAGGAGAUCCAGGAGUCGUUCUUUUGAGCAGAACUAUGGCAGAUCUUACAGUCCAAGGGGAGGAGGAGAGAGAUUACAUCGCAGCAGAAGCCGUUCAGAUCAUGGCAGAUUCAAUCGUCAUAAUAGAUCACGCUCAAGAUCCGGAUCAAACUCCCGGUCUCGUUCUAAAUCUGAGCCAAAGAAAACUGUAAGAGAGCAACGUUCUGGCUCCAGAUCCCAUUCUAGGGGACAUUCAAAAGCAGAUUCCAAGUCUCGCUGUAGAGAGAAUUCCAGGUACAACAGGGAGUCCAGGAGAGAUGAGCAUGAGCAAUCUAAAUCACCAUCACGCUCAGUGUCACGAUCAAGAUCCAAAUCAAGGUCACGGUCUUGGAAUAGCCACAAAUCAAGUGGCCAUUAAUGCUGCUUCUUUGCACACUGUUUAUAAUAUGAAUGUCUUGUCAGGAUUGCAGUGAAGCUGGAAUGCUCAGAUGUUUUAUUACUGUAUUUCUUUGCAGCAGGUGAACAAAAAACAUUUUUUUGGAGGGGGGAGGGGGGUCCUCGGCUUUCUCAGCAUACACUUGACCUUAGACACUGAAGUUGCAAAAUGGCUACAGGUAAAUGUAAUGCAGUGUUAAGCAUUUUAGGUAAAUAUUCUGCCCUAAACACAAAUCUGUAAUCAUUUAGAGCUGGGUAUUUUUUUUUUUUUUUCAGGUAUGUUUUGAAAUAUAUUUUUUCUGACUGUGAGGUAUAAGUUUAAGUUGUUGCUCCCAUCUAAAAUGUGGGGACUGUUAGACCUUCACAGCAGUAGAAGCAAUCUAGAUACUGUAUGGUGUUGUGUGACUAGGAAUACUGCAGUUUAGUUAGCCACACAGCAUUUUAUAUUAAUGCAUCAUAAACUAGAGCAAACAAUCUUGUUUUUUUACAUUAGAACUUUUAUUUCAUAACUUUUUGUCCUUUUUAAAAGUAAGGUGGGAUGCAUGUGUAGCAUUGCCUAAAUGUCACUUCUGAAAUUUGGUACUACUAUGUUAUCCCUUCAUUGUCAGGCUCAAUCUCUUAUGUAAUUUAGUACAGCACAAAGGUGAGGUUUUUCAGCACACACCCAGUUUUAUUACCUGAACGUGGCACACGCAAAUGUUCUUGCAGCUCCCAGUUAUUUGUCUAAUUUGCAUUAUCAAGUUUUUUUUGUUUGUUUUUUUUUUUUUUUAAAGAUUGCAUUGUUAAAUUAAAAUCACCUUUGUAUAUUUUAGAAUUCUUACGUUCCUAUUGCUAUGCAAUCAUUAAUAAGCAUGUUUUGUUUUUGUAGACAUUAAAGGUGUAUUUCAUAUGAUACUAGCAGUAGAAUGCAGUUGUGGAAUUGAACUUUGUAUUUCCUUUCUUAAAGAAGGUUGUAAAAAAAGAGUAUUUUUAUAUGUUCUUUUUUUUUUUUUAAGCAAUGCUAUUAAGGUAAAAAUCAAAGGUUCUGCAAAUGUCCACUAUUCUGCUUGCUGUAUAUAUGGCAAACCAGCUGUAAUAAAAAUUUAGAACAUUUUGUUGCCAGUUAA